UUGUCAAAGUCAAUAACCUCUGAUGACAACCACACGAUCGCGACCGUGAAUGGCAAAAUAUUAUUUAAACUAAAGAAUUUUACCUUUAGUCGCAUUUUAGUAGCGUUUUACUUUAAUAAUUGUCUAGUAUUUACGAAAAAAUGUCACAAUCGCUGCCAAACCCGAAUACUUUGUUGCCAUUGGAACUUGUAGAUAAGUGUAUUGGUUCGAGAAUACAUAUUAUUAUGAAAAAUGACAAAGAAAUGGUGGGAACAUUACAAGGAUUCGACGAUUUCGUAAAUAUGUUACUGGACGACGUUACGGAAUAUGAAUCAACACCAGAAGGAAGAAAAAUAACCAAAUUGGAUCAAAUCUUGUUGAAUGGCAAUAACAUCGCUAUGCUCGUGCCAGGUGGUGAAAUGCCGGGUGAAUCUUAUGACUGAUAGUAAUAAAUUUUUAUGCUCAA